AUGUGGAACCAGAAUCAGAUCGAAAUCCGAGCCAUCAUCGGUGGUGACGUUGUCGCCAAAAGCACCCGAGCCACGCUCUAUCAGCCACCGCGACGACAGCAUAUCGCCAAAGUGAGCAGUGAUUUCGUUGGAGCUAUUUUCGGCGGCUUACCGAAAAUUUGCUGGACAACAACGAAGCAUCCGAGCUACGCUCUAUCAGCCACCGAGACGACAGCAUAUCGUCAAGAAAAAAAAACAUCUACACUCCGGUUUCCAGCAUCCCGGUGGCCGCAGACACUGAGCGAGCUGCUCUCGUUUCCGGAUGUUUUCAUUCGGGAAAGGGUUAGAGAGGAACCAUUUCAUGCAUCAACAUCUGGGAGCGAUUUUGCUGAAGAAAUUACAAUAAUCGAUGAGGAGUACCUCGAUGCUACUGAUGAAAACAACGCUGAUGAAAUCCUACCAAAGAAGCCAUCGAACAGAAGAUCGAAGAAGAAAUUGUCAACUGAGCAGUCUACAAUACAAGCGGCCGUGAAUGAACUGAAGGAACUGAAUAAUAAUUUAACAGUGUCUGCCUCGAGUAUGGGAGAACCAGAAGAUGAAUGUGAGGCAAUUGGAAGACAUGUUAUAAUGCAGCUCAGACAGUUAUCCCCAAUUGAUAGAAUUGAUGCGACAGAUGAAAUACAUGCAAUUCUUUCUAGAUACCGUAAGAAUGCCCUCUGCGUCAGUAGAAUGCAAUACACAUAUUCUGAUCACGAAUAUACUGAAACAUCACAGGCGACUGUAGGUUUUCCACCAAGAUCACCCUAACGUCCUACAUCUUCACAAUCAAAUCAACAGUCGCAAAUACUAUAACCAAGUCAUGCAAUAUUGUACUAUUUUUAAGGAUCACUUUCCAUACAAUAGAACUUAGAUAAUAAAAAAAGCUACUUACUUUAAUAAAAUCUUUUAGACUGAAAUUUAUAGCGUCACAUACUUCCGGAAUUAUCUUAGCUAUGGAUGCCUUCGAGAUUCUAAAAAAUAUCGACAAUAAUCUGAACGAUAUUCCAGAGGAGAGGUACACCAAAGUAAUUUCUAAUUUCACUCUUGCAGGUAUAGCACCCCUCAUAAGUGUAUCUUGGCGUUGUAUUUUUGGAGCAAUUAAAUCCAAUAGUGUUUCCACUUGUUCUGGUGUUACUCUCAACACUGCUCUGUACUCUCGGGGAUCAUUAUCGUAGAGUUCGUUCAGUAUUGUAUUUGUUGCUCCUUUUUUUUGCAUCCAAUUCCUGGCCCAAAUCCUUUUGCCUUUCUGCUUUUUCCGAAUAGUACCUUCAGCUCGAAGUAAUUCAGCACAAAGUAUUUUUGUAACCGCUUUUGUCACGGUACGAACUACAGUCAGCCGUGUUUUGCUGGACAACAUUGUAUACGGUAUAAACUACGGUUAGCGUGUAUUUCGGGAUCAAAUUGUGUGAUAAUAAAUGCAACUGAAAACCUGAGAUAAAAACUGCCAAUAGAGAUGUCGAUUUCGGAUCAAUUAUCUGUCAAAUUCUGAUCUGAUUCCUGUUUCUCAUUAUUUGAUGUACAUUUGAAAAAUCACCUGGCAUCCCUGGUAAACCCGUGCUGUUGUAUCUAGUUACAUGCCAACAACUCACACUGUGUGAACAGACAAGGCGAGUCAACCGAUUGUCAAGCGAGUCCACCGGGUCA